CUUACAUGCAGCAUUCUUCUUUCCCUUUUGGAUGACAAAGCCACUGAAAAACAAGCAAGUAAAGUCAGAUGAAUUGGUCACCGAAGAAGAAGCAAGUAAAGUCGGCCGAAUUGGAUUACGACUUCAUUUAAGCCAUGCCGUACAACAAUCUUCUCUUAUGCCUUGGGAUAGCAUUUAUGAUGUUUGCCAUUAAUCGGGCUAUCCCCAUUAAAAAAGAUGCCGCUGUUUCUAAAAGGACUGAAAACAAGUGGGGCAAUGAUGCCGCUGUUUCUAAAAGGACUGAAAACAAGUGGGGCAAUGGUGCCGUUAGCAACGAGUGGGGCAAUGGCGCUGGUUCCAACGGCUGGGGCAAUGGUGCCGGUGGCAACAAGUGGGGCAAUGGUGCUGUUUCCAACAGCUGGGGAAAUAGUGGAGAUUCUCCUGUAAAAAGCUCCUGAACUGGUCGACUGUAUUGCAUGUUAAAAACUGUCCAAUCUUAGUACAUUAGCAUUUUAGAGUUCUUUUUAUCACCUUUGUUUAAAUGAUAUAAUGAUUCCUAUAUAUGGUAGGGCGGGGAUGCUCGGCGAAAAUUUCCAAAAUGACCUCUAAAAGACAUCAGAAUUCUUUAGGAAAUGGGAGUGGUUAAAUGAAUUUUAACCCCUAAAAGAGACAAAAUUGCUGGGUUUUACCCACAAUUUGCAAAACUUCGAAUUUCACACUCUAAAAGAUAGCAGAUCCUUAAUUUUUACCCCUAAAAGAUACGACGAGCAUCCCCGCACAUUGCUAUACGCCUACGGAGUCACCCCCCUCGCUCUCCCCCCACCCCGGGCCUGGAAGAGGGGCACGCCUGCUUGAAAGCUUGGUAAAGUAAAAUGUUUAGGCCAAUAAAACAAAAUCUGUUGUCAUGAAUAUAUUGAUAGCAGUAUGAUACGCUAACUAUUGGUAUAGCUAACUGGAUUAUCAUAUGAUCGAUUUGCUUCACUAUAGUGAUAGCUAGGUCUAAGCUUAAAUGUAAUUCUAGGAUAAUCCUUUUUUCUUAGUCAUUUUUAAAGCAUUAGUAUUGUAAAUUAAAUUGAAUGGAUUGGAUAUGAAUAAAA